CCCCGUCGGACGCCGCGCCGGAGCUCGCGCCGGGAGGGGAGGAGCGCGCAGCUCGCGCGCGGCAGGGCCGGGCGGAAAGUUUUUCCUGACGGAGUUUUGGCGGCGGCGGCGGCGGCGGCGGCGGCGGCCUGAGUGGGUCAUGGACGCGCUCAAGUCCGCGGGGCGGGCGCUGAUCCGGAGCCCCAGCCUGGCCAAACAGAGCUUGGGGGGCGGCGGCCGGCACCGCAAGCUUCCUGAGAACUGGACGGACACUCGGGAGACGCUGCUGGAGGGGAUGCUGUUCAGCCUCAAGUACCUGGGCAUGACGCUGGUGGAGCAGCCCAAGGGCGAGGAGCUGUCUGCCGCCGCCAUCAAGAGGAUCGUGGCUACAGCUAAGGCCAGUGGGAAGAAGCUGCAGAAGGUGACUCUGAAGGUGUCGCCACGGGGGAUUAUCCUGACGGACAACCUCACCAACCAGCUCAUUGAGAACGUGUCUAUUUACAGGAUCUCCUAUUGCACAGCAGACAAGAUACACGACAAGGUGUUUGCAUACAUUGCCCAGAGCCAGCACAACGAGAGCCUUGAGUGCCACGCCUUCCUCUGCACCAAGCGGAAGAUGGCACAGGCUGUCACCCUCACCGUAGCCCAGGCCUUCAAAGUUGCCUUUGAGUUUUGGCAGGUGUCCAAAGAAGAGAAAGAGAAGAGGGACAAAGCCGGCCAAGAGGGAGGGGAUGUCCUGGGGGCCCGCCGAGACUUCACCCCCACCUUGAAGAGCUCAGUCGCCACUGGGAACCUGCUGGAUUUAGAGGAGACGGCUAAGGCCCCGCUGUCCACAGUCAGCGCCAACACCAGCAAUAUGGACGAGGCGCCACGGCCGCAAACCUUGAGUGGCAGCAGUGUUGUCUGGGAGCUGGAUGAUGGCCUGGAUGAAGCAUUUUCGAGCCACGUGUCAGAAGCAUUGCUCCAGGCUGUUAAAAUCUCCUUGUAAACACCUCUUCCACUGACUGCCAACAUUCUCUUAAGGGAAGUGGCUAUAAUUUACUUGACUCUCCCCUGUUCUUUUGGACAUGUAGGUUGUCUCCCUUUGUAAAUUUAUUUUUUGAACAGCAUGGUGUUGACACAGUUACAGCCAAAGAAUCUUCUGUUCCCUCCCAUGGCUUGGCUCCUCACCGCCCCUGCCGCUCCCUUUACUCUUUCCUGCCCCCUUCUCCUCUUUCCUGGGCAUGACCUGACUGAGCUGGGGCAUAGUGUGGGUGCUGUGGCCUCUCCCGGGGGUGGAUGCAAUGCUGGCUGCCCCUCACUUUUCUGAGCUGCUUGACUCUCAAGGGGAGGUGCUUUGAUCUGAGGCUCCUCCACCUUCCCUGCUUCUUGGGCUUCCUUCUUGGGCUCCCUGCCCUGCCGUUCCCUACUCAUGCCCUCUUGCAUCUGACCCUGGAGCCGGCCGGGCUGGUCAGGCUCCUGGGGUCCUCCAGCCCUUGCCCAGGCUGUCGGCUCACCCAGCUCUGCCUUCCAGGCUUGCCCAGUCUCGGACGAACCCUCAGGUCCUGGACACUGGCCUGACAGCCCAGGACAUCCAUUAUGCCCAGUGCCUCUCGCCUGUCGACUGGGACAAGCCUGACAGCAGCGGCACCGAGCAGGAUGACCUCUUCAGCUUCUGAGGGCCCGGGGCCUGCCGGACACAAGCGGCCCUGACAUGUGAUGGACCAAAGCCACCUGCUGCGGGGGAGCUGGCUCCAAGACCCGCCCGCCACCUCUCCCAGCCCUCAGCACUGUCAGCCUGAAGAUCAGAGCUGUAGCCAGUCAGGCAGGGGAGAGAUUUUUUUAAGCCCUGCUCUUUCUCUGAGAACCGAAAGAUGCCUUGAAUAUUUAUUCAGUGACUUCUGGCUGAUGCUCGGAAGCCAGUCUUUGUCAGGCACGUCUCCUGCUGCGUGACGUGUGCAGUGCUGUAAUCGGCUCCUGGAGCAAGCUCUGCCCUGGCCGCGGGUAUCAGGACUGUGACCAAAGCAUUCCUAGCCCCUUCUCUCUAAGGACCUGAUUUUCCCUGAGGCAUCCUGCUUCGGAUUUCAGUCAUUUUUUUCCCCCAAGCACAGGAGAGCACCCACAGCCUCAGGAGAGGACUAUGUCCUCUUGCUCUCCUUCCUCAGGGCCCAGCAGGCGGGGCUUGAGCCCUGGACCCCAGACUCUUAGAGACUGAGGUGCAGCUCCUGACCAAAGACAGUACAGCUUGGCACUUUAAAGCAUUCACAGCAUGUGUGGCCCCAAGGGUUCCUCCAUGGUGCUGCAUUGAAUGGAGCUUUCCUUCUGCCCUUCCUCUAGGAGAAGGGGCCUAAGGCCCCGGGGAUCAUCCACCUGUGAUAGAACCAGUAUAACAGGCAGCUGUCUGCUCCCAGGGACUGAGAGGGGUAGAGGGGAUCAUCGAGGGCCGGCCCCUCCCUGCCUUCUCCCCUCCAUGCAAGGCUGUGCCCCUCUCCUGCUGUCUGUGUGAGUGUCUCUGCGCCCCGCCUCCCCCAGGAUGAUGUGUGAAACCUGACACCUCGAUUUAUUUGGAAAUAUUUUGUGACCACUUUACAGAUGAGAAAAUUGAGGCCUCAAGCGUGGAAGGGGUAGAGUGAAGAGUAGAACGCAGGUCUGAAGCCAAAGCUGCUUUCUUCUCUGCCUCCGCCUCACACAACUCACACCUCCUUUUCUUCUAGCUUUGUUGUCCUCCCAGGAACCAAAAAACCCCAGCUAUUUUCUGACCAAAAUGUGUUUCAUAACAAACCAUCUGGUGCCUUUCCACACAGAACUGGCAGAAGCCUCUUGUCCUGCUAGCUGUCUCUCUUGUUGAUUUCCGUGGAAAUACAAGUGUUUGAAGUGUGCUAAUUCUGAGGGUGAAACAAAAUCCAACUCUGUCAGAAUCACGUUGGUCUCUUUCCUGACACUGUGACCCUGGGUCGGGACAUACCAGCAGCAGUCUGUCUUUAGAAUCUCUUUCCUUCCUCUUCUUCUGCCCCCGUGGGGCUCCCACAUCCUGAAAGGCAGGAAAGCCUGAAGCAUCUUUUCCAUCCCAGGUGCCUCCCAGUGGCCAGCGUGUUGGAGCAAGUUUCAUUAGCCCCAGGGAAAGCACCGCCUCCCUUAGAACCUCCUUAUUUAACUAAGCAUUGGAAUCAGACACGUAAGACGGAGGUGCCUGAGGGUGGGGUGGGAUUCGUAGGGUCUUUAUCAGAAUCUGAGGAUAACUUCCUUGGCCCAGCUCUAGCCACCUCCUUGGUAUCAGUCUCUGUUUGUCAGAAGGUGACAUGGGUGAGGCCUGACAUGGGCCUGCCUUGGCACGAGGCUGGCCAGGGGUCCUGAGAGCCACUGCUCUGUGAGAGCCACACUGGCCUUUGCCUCCAUUUCUGGUUGACCGGCUGUCCGUGUGCCUCCUGUGUGUCUGUAGAUAACUCUUGCUGUGCUUUAUUUGUGAAAGUUUAAUGAGGAAAAAACAAAUAAUAAAUGUUCUCUUUUUGAAACUCA